UGCCAUUAAAACAAGCCAAGGCAAAUAAUUGAAUGCAUGGCAGCAGGAUAUGUUGAUAUUUGUUGUAAUCUUCGUGCAAACUGAACACAACACAAGCAGAGUGACGGGCUGCUGGGGGACAAAAGCGGAUUUACCUGCCGGGUGGAGCGGAGGGGAGACAGUCAGAGGAGAGAGGGGCAGGGAGAAAAGAAGCGGGGCGAGAAAAGUCGACUUACCUGUAGCCCAAGUUCUGGCAACUCGCUCACUCUAUUACCUGCUCCGACUUGAAAGUCCAGUUUCACAAGGAAGAAUCGUAGAGGAAGCAAAAUAUGUCACAGGAGACAGACAAUAAACGUCUGGUGGUGGUGGUCCCCAACGAGAGCUCAUUCCCUGCAGUGCGGCGGGCCUACACCAGCGAGGACGAGGCAUGGAGGUCGUACCUGGAGAACCCGCUGACAGCCGCCACCAAAGCCAUGAUGAGCAUUAAUGGGGAUGAGGACAGCGCCAAUGCCUUGGGCCUGCUCUACGACUACUACAAGGUGCCUAAAGAAAAGAGGCUACUGCCAAUUUCCAAAGUUGUUGAAAUUACAGAGGAACAGGAGAAAAGGGUGACGUUGCCUAGCAACCCCAGCAGCCAAAGCGAAGUGGAGACAGUGGACAACCGUGUUCAGGUCCUCAAAUCUGUCCCCGUCAACCUGUCGCUAAACACCGAGCACCAGGACACCAAACGGGAGCAGUUCAGCAGCUCAGCGGCGUCCGGUGCAGCAUCGGGGGCAGUGGUGAAGGCCGAGGUAUACACGUCCAUCUUCACGAUGGGACAGGGGCUUCACUACAGGGUGGAGGGAGAAGAGUCGGCGAGGGUGAUCUACGAACAGAGUCCGUACGAGGUGACCACGAGUCACAGUUCGUAUGUUAAAGAAGACCAGCAGAGUCCGCCUGACAGCCCGUAUGAAGAGGAGAGAGACGGGAAGUACCACACACCUUCCUCUCUGGCUACUGAUGACUUCUUAUUUCAUGAGGAGAGAGUUGACAGCUUCCGGUACACGCUGGACGCCACCCGUUCGCUUCGUCAGAAGCAGGGCGAGGGACCGAUGACCUACUUGAACAAAGGCCAGUUCUACGCUGUGACGCUCAACGAGCUCAGCGCCAACAAUCGCCUCCGUCACCCCAUCAGCAAAGUCCGGAGUGUGAUCAUGGUGGUGUUCAGUGAGGAUAAGAACCGAGACGAGCAGCUUAAAUACUGGAAGUACUGGCACUCACGGCAGCACACGGCCAAACAGAGAGUCCUAGACAUCGCUGACUACAAGGAGAGCUUCAACACAAUUGGCAACAUCGAAGAAAUUGCCUACAAUGCAAUCUCCUUCACCUGGGAUGUGAAUGAAGAGGCCAAGAUUUUCAUCACAGUCAACUGUCUGAGUACGGACUUCUCCUCUCAGAAGGGCGUGAAGGGUCUUCCUCUGAUGAUCCAGAUCGACACAUACAGCUAUAACAACCGCAGCAACAAGCCGCUGCACAGGGCAUACUCCCAGAUCAAGGUCUUCUGUGACAAGGGAGCAGAGAGGAAAAUAAGAGACGAGGAGAGAAAACUUUACCGCAAGAAGUCAAAAGCGAAGGAUGGAGGUGUAGGUGUGAUCACUGUACCCAAAAAGUCCGACGCCACCUAUUUCAAGACCAUGACCGACCUGGAGGCUCAGCCUGUCCUCUUCAUCCCCGACGUUCACUUUGGCAACCUGCAGAGGGCUGGACAGGUGUUUACCUUCAACACAGAAGAUAUUGAGAGAGAAGGGAGUGUGCUGGUGAAGAGGAUGUUCAGGCCGUCAGAUGAAGAUCUGUGUCCACCUCACAAACAGAUCAAAGAGGAGACGCACAAGAGAGUGCUGUUGUAUGUAAGAAAGGAGACUGAUGAGGUGUUUGACGCUCUGAUGCUGAAGUCCCCCACGCUCAGAGGCCUGAUGGAUGCUAUAUCAGAGAAGUACGGCGUGCCCACGGAGAGAAUAGCUAAAGUGUACAAGAAAAGUAAAAAAGGGAUCCUGGUGAACAUGGAUGAUAACAUCAUCGAGCAUUACUCCAACGAGGACACCUUCAUCCUCAACAUCGAGAACUACGCAGACUCCUACAAGAUCACGCUGACAGAGAUCUGAUGGCUCGUCGGCCGACCUGGAGGACUGCAGGAUUUAAACAAAAGAGACGCUGUGACUGCUGAUUAGCUGAAAUCUGCGAGGCUGCUAUUGACUGGCUAAUAAGCUGACUGACACUGGAGACCAGUCCAUUGGUGUUGUUAGUCUGAGACACACCUGAUCCCUCUCUGACACUGUUACACAAUGAAGCAAGUCGUAGUUUCUGUGCAGGAGGAUGAUACAAUUAAAAAAGGACAUCACAGAGUUUCUUAUGAACUGGUUAUAUAUUCACUUCCUCAUUGUACUCAUCCUCUGUGUUGUAAGGCGAAAUGAUGAAGCACAGAUCCAUGUCCUCCUCUUUUUUUCUGAAUAUUUUUAUUGUAUAAAAGAAUUUGUAUGUUAAUUCUCAUUCUGUACAGUUUGUUUUUGUGUUUUUGCCAAAUAACACAUCAGGAGUAGCCUCAUGAAAUGCCUGAUGUACUGUAUGUAGCCACAGCUCCGAUUAGUUGGUCCUAAGUAACAUAGCAGCUUCUUUGCAUGCCAGCCUUUGCUUUUGUUAAAUGUAUUAUUAUUUAUUAAUGCCUUUGAUGAAAAUGUUUGCAUUUCUUUAACAUUUUUCUUCUCCAAGAAUUUCAAGUACUUUACAUUUCAGUGACAUUUCUCAUAGUCAAUCCUUUUAAGAAUACCCAAGGAGUUUUUAAGUUUCUAUUUUUCAGCCAUAGUGUAUAUUAACAAGUCAAGAAAUAGCCAAAGUUUUUAUUUGUAGGACUUUAAAGGACAAGUGAAAAAAUCAAAAAGAAAAAGAAAAAAAAAAACAAUACUGUAUAGGCCUGCAACUACUGAGGGGUGACUAAAGGCACUUGGUUGUUGAGUAUGUCUUGUGUGCUUGGCUCUGUUGAAAAAUAAAUAAAGUUAGAAACAUAGAUGUCA